AUGGGCUCAAUCGCUGUUACCGACUCUUUGUUCGAACCUACUCGCUUAGGAAGUCUUUCGCUCAAGCAUCGUGUCGUUCUGGCACCAUGCACGCGUAUGAGAGCGACCAAGGAAUCCGAGGGUGUCUACGUCCCCACAGAUCUUAACGCCGAGUAUUAUUCUCAACGCGCCUCUGAUGGUGGAUUCUUAUUGACAGAGGCAACUCCUAUUAGCAGACAUGCCGCUGGAUACCCAGGCGUCCCCGGUAUCUUCACCGUAUCUCAGAUCGCAGGAUGGAAGAAAGUCACAGACGCCGUGCAUGCCAAAGGAGGAUUCAUAUACUGCCAACUGUGGCAUGUUGGUCGAGCGACAGUCUCCUCCUUCUUGGAAGGCAAGCAGGUUCUAGGAGCGAGUGAUAUCCCUAUCAGUGGAAAUGCGUUGGACGGAUCGGAAUACGCAGCCUCUCCACCUCGACCCAUGACCUUGGAGGAGAUCCAAGAGACAGUCCAAGAAUACGCCAGCGCAGCAAAGAGGGCCCUCGAAGCCGGAUUUGACGGCGUCGAAAUCCAUGGUGCGAACGGAUACUUGCUCGAUCAAUUCCUGCACGACAAUGUCAAUACUCGCACAGACGAGUACGGUGGCUCGAUCGAGAAGAGAUCUCGAAUCAUCCUUGAGGUCAUCGAAGCAGUCACGGCCGCCAUUGGUGCCGACCGUGUUGGAAUUCGGUUAUCGCCUUACAACUAUUUCCAGGACACGCGGGAUUCAAACCCGAGCGUGAACUGGCAGAAGUUGUGCUCUCUGAUUGCUGGACUGCCCGCUGAAUCUCGUCCCUCGUAUGUGCACAUGAUUGAGCCUCGAUUUGACGAGGUCUUGGAGGAAGAUGCGAAGAUCGACUCGCUAGCCUCGGAGAAACCGUCACUGGACGUGUUUCGGCCCACAUUGAAGAAAGGGGGUAUUUCAUUUUUGGCGGCUGGAAACUUCAACCCGGAGAAUGCGGGAAGCAAGCUCGCUGUUGACGGGGCCGAUGCUAUUGUGUUUGGGCGGUACUUCAUCUCGAACCCGGAUCUGCCUCGUAGAUUGAAGGAAGGAUUGCCCCUGACUCCUUACGAUCGCACCACAUUUUACGGCGCCGAUCCAGCUGAAAAGGGAUACACCGACUACACUUUCUACGGACAAUGA